GGGCUAUCGCCUCCAGCCGGGCAGCCUCUGAGUUCCCAGCCUUUCCUUGCCACAAUGACCAGAUCCUGGCUGUGUUUGUCGUUGCUCCUCGUGGGAGCCCUGCUCCUGGGGCAGCCGGCAUGGGGGGCAGAAGAAGAAGAGCAGCCCUCCUCAGGAGAGUUAGGAGAGCCACUUGUCCCAGAGGAAGGUGAGGAACAGAUGGCGCCACCUUUGGCCGAAGAAGAAGAAGAAGAAGAGGGGGAUUUGCAAGAGGAGGAGGAACCCACUUCGGAAAGCCUGGAAGAUUCAGGCUUCUGGCGGCCACACAACUCGGAGGAACAUGAAAGGAUGAUUGCUCAGGUGGAAAGAAGGUUUAUGGAAGAGGAUGCGGCAUACAGCGCACAGCCAGUGCACAACUUCAUGAAGCAUAUGGCGGUGGCUCACUAUAACAAGGAAGAUUGGCGAAGCAAUUACUACAAGCACUAUGAGAGCAGCCAUAUGGAUGUCGAGAAGGCGCAAGGGGUAAUAGCCACCUUUGAGAUGACUUUGGCGAAAACCAACUGCACAAAGGAUGACGUGAGCAACCGUGAGGAUUUCGGCACGCGGUACUCCGAUCCGUACUUGGAGAGCUGGGGUUGUGUGCUACUACCUGAAUCCGAACAGGAGAAAUUCGACUGCACGUUUACAGUAUUUAUAGAUGAGAAGUAUGGAGGGGCAACUGUGAUUGACCAUGAUUGCGAACCUGUUCCUAGAAGAAUGGAAGCAGUCUCUAGAGAAGAGGGGGAGGAGGAGGAGGAAGAAGAAGUGUUCGAACCCUCCCUUGAAGAGUGAUGAAGAUUUGGCCUCCUCUCUGAAUGCUGAUGCCCACUUUUGCUGGCAGCGGUGGGAGAGAAGCCCCCGCUUGAUUUCCCCCUUUCCUUCCUUCCUUCCGCACUUGCAAUGUAAUCACUUAGAAACAAGCCAGAAAACUCUCCCAAUAAAAGGAGGCGUUGGAAUCCACCGCAGUCCCCUCCACACCCCAGAAUCGCUCUCUUCCCACUGUUCCAAAGUAGGAUAAUAAAAUUGACUUGCACAAGCA